AUGUUCAUGUUGGCUGCCCCCCUAGCUUUGGCCACCGAGAAUUUUGAACAGCGGGAAGUCUUCCAUACGCUAAGUAACCGCUCUGGAACCGUACUGGAUGAGAGUUCCGCUCACGCAUUUGAACACCGAGACAUCGAUCUUAUUGGAGGUUGUCGAGCGGCUGAAUGCAUACUAGGGAGUCUCUCCGAAGUGAUGUUCACGGCAAUUGUCGAGUAUUCUCUCAUAGCCGCAGCGGUAAUGUAUAUAGUCUGGCGAAAUAUUGGAAGAGCAGGGCACGGUUCUGAGUAUGUGAAACGAAAACAUCGUAUCAGAGUAGAUUGUUCGAAAACCACAACUGGGCUAUUUCUUGGACUUGCUUUUCUUGCUGCAACAUUCACAUCUAUGAUAGUGUACUACGGGUAUUCCAUUCUUGGAAAGAGCGAAAAUGCAGCAUAUGUCUACGCCCUUUCCGAUAUAGCACAGGUGAGUGCCACUUAUCAAAGCUGGUAGAG